AUGCCCCCGGAGGACCUGCAAGCCAAAGUGCCCAGCGGAGCGGAGAAGCCUCCGGCGUCUCGGGGUGCCGGGCUGGCGGGGCAGGCGGGUUAUCGUUUCCUGAGAAAGCCCCGCGGACAGCAGACGGUCAGAGGGGGGACGUGGCAGAGGGGACCCCGCCCCCACCCGAGCUCAGCGGUCACUCUCGAGAAGUGUCUCCGUCCCACACCUUCCCCUCCUAGGGGGCCCAGUCCUUUCCAAAGACUUCCUGCUGGUCUUAGACCCCCCAGGACUUUCCAGAAAGUCCUAGAAAACCUUGGAAAGUCUCAGGCUGAUGAAGGGGAGUGGACGCUGGCCCGGCUCGGGAACCCCUAUUGUGUUCCAAACAGAGGUGGCCCGCACAUCGAUGCCCCCACACCUGUGUCCACCACGCUGGCCCUCGCUGCUCAGGGUGACACGGAGCUCAGGAGAGGCUGCGACCUGCGGGCAAGGCAGGAAUGGCCCCCAGGCCGCCUGACUCUGUCCCCUCCUCUGCCCGGGGAAGGCUUUGCAGGAGCAGCAGGAACCCCGACGAGAAGGGAGCAGGGGCAGCGGGUCCGCUGCAAACGCGCCCCGGCUCGCGGCCCAGAGGCCCCUGCGCUGCCUCCCUGCCCCUGUGACUCCGCGUCAUUACUCGGGGCUCCCCUCUCCUUCCACGGCCUUCGUUCAGGCAGGAGACGCCUCCGUGGACUCCUGAGCGGAAAGGAGGCGCCCGCCCGGCUCCAGGCUCGGCGACUCAACAGCGGCCAGAGAGGACUGCCCUUCAAUAGACAGUUUGAUCCGACCCCAGACGUGGUUCUGCUAAGUGUGUAGAAACGCGAGGACGGUGCCCCUCGCCGGCCUCCCUGACCUGCGACGCGCUUCGUGCCCUGGCUGGGCCUCUUCCCCCAAAUUCCUUUAUUAGCAUUUUCCGACAAAGUCAGACACUCCUAGUCAGUGUGCG